UCCUCAGCAUUAUUACAAGCAUGUGGUUGUGGUGUGGUGUGGUGUGCUCUGGGCUUGUCAUUAGCUUCAAAGUAAGCUGUGUGAUGUGAUUCCUGGGACAACUUUCCCGGAUUAGAGAGCCAGGCGGAGAGGAUCCUGCGGCUGGCGGGACACUGGAAGAGCGUAGAAUAAGAUCUACUAGACAGCAGCUUUGUGACUGAGAACAAUAGACACUCUGCAGUCGCUAAUGAUGUGAAACAUCCACAAUGCCUCUGAUAGCCAAAGUCGUGUGAUUAUAGCCGAGGCUUUGGGUCUCGUGGGAAAAUUUGGAAGUUGCAGUCGAUCCAAAGCAAGAAAAAGGAAACCUGCAGCAGCCAUCAUGGCAUCUGAUGCCAGUCACAUGCUUGAGGCGGCCUUAGAGCAAAUGGAUGACAUCAUAGCAGGGACAAAGGCAGUCACCGAGUUUGCCAAUGGAGUCUUUGAAGUGAGAUCGCCGAUGCCAGUGGAAUACUUUGGAACUAUAACAAUUUUACAUCUAGUAGAGGAGUUAAAAAUAUCCCUUGAAAUGGUGGAAAGUCCGCAGGAACGGGAAGCUUUGAGAAACCAAAUACCCAACACGACGGCAUUUUAUGUCAUGGAGUGGCUGGAGAGUACGCUGGUGAACCAUACAGUUGUGAAUAAUGAGACCUACAUAGAGCGACUGACACGCCUGGAAGGAGAUAAGGAAUCUCUAAUAUUACAGGUGAGCGUCCUCACUGAUCAGGUGGAGGCCCAAGGAGACAAGAUCCGGGACCUGGAAACCUGCGUGGAGGAUCACCAGCUGAAGCUUAAUGCUACCGAGGAAAUGCUCCAGCAGGAGCUUUUGAGCCGGACGUCUCUUGAAACCCAGAAGCUAGACCUCAUGGCGGAGGUCUCAACCCUAAAGAUAACGAUGGUUGGUUUGGAAAAAGAGAAGGACGACUAUGAAGAUUCUCAUACCAAGGCAGAGUCUGUAGUCAAUAUGAUAAAUGAUCUCCAGGAACAAAUGUGCCAACUACAGCUGGAGAUCAAUAGUAAGAUCCAAGAGAGGGAGGAGACCCAGACUAGCCUGCCUGACUUGACCGAACCUCUUCAUGUCGACUUGAACGAACUGAAAGAACCUUCACAGCCCACGAAGUGCCCGGGUUGUGAGGGGAAGGAUAUGCUGCUACAAGAACUGAAAAGCCUCAAAAUAAAAGUGGAUGACCUGGAAAACGAGAGGGCACAAUAUGAAUGGAAACUUAAAGCAACAAAGGCUGAAAUCGCACAACUACAGGAACAAUUGGCUUUGAAAGAUGCUGAAAUAGAACGUCUGCAGAGUCAGAUAACUUCAAGAACGGCUGCACAAAAUGAAUCCUCGGACAGAGAAGAAGUAUUUAGGAGGAGGAUAAAAGAGAAACAUCAAGAGGUCCAGCGGUUAAAGUCGGGAAUGGAGACCCUGUUGGCGGCAAAUGAAGAGAAGGACCUGCGAAUAGAAGAGCUUACACUGCUACUAAACCAGUACAGACGGGUGAAAAACUUUGUGAUGGCAACACAUGGCUCUUCGGAGAGAAUUCUUUCUGCCAGCAGCGAGGAUGAGGUGGAAUCGGCAAUGAAGAAAUUGAUGCCAAAGAACAAUCAGACGACAGAGCUGCUAAAAUCAGAGGGAUCUUCCACCUUGUCCUCGCCAACUGCCCCAUCGUCCCCUCCACACAACAUCCUGGAAAAUGGCUUUAGUACACCAGUCCCUCCAGAGAAUUGUAGUUCACCACAAGAAGAUUAUUCAGAACACAGAACUAGAAGCCAUCCCAGAACACUUUCCACCAGUUUGGAAGAUUUACAGAGUGGAACGGUGCAAAAGCAUGAUGAUGGGGAAACCCCAGAGCCUGUUGUAACACCUGUUGUAACACCGGAGAGUAAAGCUGAUCCCAGGUACCAGACCUUGCCCGGGAAACUUUCUCACGCCACGCCAAAUGGGUCACAUGACGGCUACAGGAAACCCGCAUCCCAGAAUGCUUUGCACAUCAACAGUGAAACAAAUGGAAUACAAAGUUUAUAUUUCAACAGAAGCGUCAGCGCCCCAGUAAUAGGUGAUGCUGAUAACAAUCUGGACAUCACAUUUAAUGACCUCUCUGGCACAGACUCCGGUCCGCACUCCCCAUUAUCUCCCGAUGGCAAGAAAAGUCCAAAAGGCAUCAAAAAGUUUUGGGGAAAAUUAAGGAGAACGCCAUCAGGACACUUUAAUGCAGAUGAGCUCGGACUUUCUGAAUUUAAAAGAGAGGAUGCGCGCACUGCUGGACCAAGACUUUCUAGGUCCAAGGAUUCCCGCGCCAAAAAUAGUGAUUAUAACGCUCCUUUUGCUCAGUGGAGUAAUGAGCAGGUCUGCAACUGGCUAGAAGACUUUGGUCUGGGACAGUAUGUCAUAUUUGCAAGACAAUGGGUGACUUCAGGACACACGUUACUAACCGCCACACCUCAGAGCCUAGAAAAGGAACUUGGCAUCAAGCAUCCCUUACACAGAAAGAAACUUCAAUUAGCUAUGAAUUCCAUCAACACAAAAAAGGAGGAAAAAUCAGGGCAACUCGACCAUAUGUGGGUGACACGGUGGCUCGAUGAUAUUGGACUGCCGCAAUACAAGGAUCAGUUCCAUGAUGCUCGUGUGGAUGGAAGAAUGCUACAGUACUUAACUGUGAAUGACCUCCUGUUCCUAAAAGUGACCAGCCAGAUGCACCAUCUCAGUAUUAAAUGUGCCAUUCAUGUUUUACAUGCAAAUAAGUUCAACCCGAACUGCCUGCGCCGGAGACCUGCUGAUGAGAAUAAUAUCUCCCCUUCAGAAGUGGUCCAGUGGUCCAACCACAGAGUCAUGGAGUGGCUGCGAUCUGUAGAUCUGGCAGAAUACGCACCAAAUCUUCGGGGCAGCGGCGUUCACGGAGGACUAAUUAUACUAGAACCUCGCUUUAAUUCGGAUACCCUCGCCAUGCUCCUAAACAUUCCGUCGCAGAAGACGCUACUCAGGAGACAUCUAGCCACUAACUUCAGCUUGCUGAUUGGCCCAGAAGCUCAACAGGAAAAAAGAGAGAUUAUGGAUUCCACAACCUACUCACCUCUGUCCACCACUGCCAAAGUCCGGCCAAAGAAGCUUGGACUGUCCAAUUUUGGUCACCUCCGCAAGAAGAAAUUUGACGAUUCCACGGACUAUGUGUGCCCAGUGGAUGCCAACCCCCAGAAAAGCGAAGUCAAGGCCCCCAACAACAGUCCUGUAAAAGAGGCUGACAAACUGGAGCAGAUGGAGCAUUCAGAGGGGAUGGUAAAGCAAAUAGGAGCUUUUUCUGAAGGGAUUAAUAACCUCACUAGCAUGCUGAGCCAGGAUGAGAUCCUUAACAACUACAGACUUCUAACGAACUACGAUUCCUGGAGAUAGCACUGCAAGUUACCUUUACUGCCAGAAUUGGAAGCCAAAGAUUGCAUUGGAUGGAUUCUGACCGGCAGAGUCACCGGUUGGGUAACACAGAUGGAAGUGAUGACUGCUAUUGGGCCUAUGGCUACAAAGGGCCCAGCUUGGAUCUAGGUUGAAGAAUAUUUCUACCCUCAGUUUAGAGAAUGAUACAUUAUCCUGAUGUUACCAUAUCAAAUUGUGAUAGGCGUAUUAAAAAGCUAUCGUGGGAAAAUAUUCCCGUUUUCUAAAAUCAACUGUAAUUACUUGCUAUAAAAUGAUCACUAAAUGAUGGAACAAACAGGCAGCUAUGAUGGAGGGGUAUACAAGAGAAUGUAGCAGUUAUAAAUUUGGAGCUGCUACAUGUGCGGUCUUCCUAAAAUCAAGGAAGCCACCAUGUUUUAUUUUAUUCACCCUGCACAAUGUAUAAACUUCCUUUGAUUCCUCUCAUUCUCCAUAGACUGGACCCAGCAUUUUUCACAGCAUAGUUGUCAGGUGACACUUUAUUGCAAAGCAGCCUUAAUAAUCGUUCCUCACAGUAGCCUCAUUGAAGGCCCACUAUAGGGAAAGAAACAAUUGGGGGUUAUUUAUGAAAGGCAAACCCACUUUGCACUACAAGUGCAGUCG